CAGUGCGUGCGUUUUGAUUGACGAAACAGGCAGAAGAGGAUAGAUUUCCCGUCUGUUUCGAUUCGGUAUUGGGAAUAUAUGUGAAUAUUUAUUUCGUGGUUUGACGAUUUGCACGGAUUACUCGAGGAGAGGCGGAAUAAUGGCGCACAUACGGAGGUUUGCCCUCACAGUAUUUGCUUGCAUGUUUGUGAUAUGUGCACCGGGUCCAAUCUCCGGGCAAAUUCGUUAUUCUAUUCCCGAGGAAAUGGAGCAAGGGGCAUUUGUUGGGAAUAUCGCUGUGGAUUUGGGCCUGAAUGUACGGCAACUGUCAGCUCGCAAAUUCCGACUGAACUCUGAUGACGGAGGGCGGUACAUGAAGGUCAGUUUGGACAAUGGAAUCAUGUCUAUUCGUGAAAGAAUCGACCGGGAACGUAUUUGUGGACAGAAUGAUAAAUGCACUGUAUAUUUCGAAACAAUACUGGAAACCCUGGAGGUGUAUCACGGGGAAUUGGCGAUUCUUGAUGUAAAUGACAAUUCCCCCACUUUCCCGCAGAGCAGCAUUGUCUUGCAGAUAUCGGAAGCUAGUGCACCCGGUGUACGUUUCCGACUCGAGGGCGCGGAUGAUCCCGACAUUGGUACAAAUACCGUGGCCGCUUAUACAAUCAGUUCCAGUGAGCACUUUAGUCUAAGAACACAGAAAACCGAAGACGGUAUUAUGAUUGCUGACUUGCUGUUAGGGAAAUCUUUGGACCGAGAGCAGCAAUCAUCAUUUCAACUCUUGCUUACGGCGACUGAUGGUGGCACCCCUCAGAGAUCAGCCACAGCUCAUAUUCUCAUUACUGUAUUGGACAACAACGAUAAUCCACCUGUGUUCGAUCAUGAUAUUUACAGAGGCAGCGUAAGUGAGAAUGCGUCGCGGGGGUACGUUGGUGCUCAGUCAAAAGCAAAUGAUUUGGACGAAGGACUGAAUUCGGAGCUGACAUAUUGUUUUAGUGAUAUUUCUUUGAUAAGAGCGCGAAAAUUAUUCAGUUUAGACCCAGUUACUGGGGAGCUUCGAGUCAAAGGGCUUCUAGAUUUUGAACAAGUAAACAGCUAUUCUCUGGAUAUUCGAGCCCAGGACCACGGUUCCCCUGCAAUGACAGGACACUCCAAAGUACUGAUCAAAGUCACUGAUGCGAACGACAACGCACCUGAGAUAAAGGUACCAUCACCUUGCAACAAAAUCCCGGAAAAUGCGCCACCAGGAAGUUUCAUAUGUCUGAUUAAUGUGAUGGAUCGUGCUUCUGGAGCGAACGGUCAAGUACGUUGCGAGUUAAGACAAAAGAACGUCCCAUUUCGACUGCAAAAGGUAUCGAACAACUAUAAAUUAACCACGAGUGAAACGUUGGACCGUGAAGCCAUCGCUGAGUAUAACAUUCUUAUUUCAGCCUGGGACUUGGGGUCGCCGUCACUCUCAUCAAAUACAACCAUCCAGAUUGCAAUUUCGGACGUUAACGAUAACGAACCACAAUUCACAGAGUCAUCCUACAACAUAUAUAUAAUGGAGAACAACGCUCCGGGUGUGUCCGUUUCCACAGUAACCGCAACAGAUCCUGAUCUGGAUCAAAAUUCCUAUAUUUCCUACUCCUUUCUCGAUAACCAUAUCCAAAACGUGCCAAUAUCCACUUACCUCACUAUCAAUUCAAUUAACGGUACCAUUUACGCACUGCGUUCCUUUGAUUAUGAGGAACUAAAAAACUUCCAGAUUAAUGUUCAAGCCCGUGACUCCGGGGUGUCUCCGUUGAGUAGCAGCGCCAUGGUGAAUGUGAUCAUCCUGGAUCAAAAUGACAACGCGCCGGUAAUAGUUUCACCUUCAGAACAAAGUGGCUCAUCAUCAGUGGAUACCGUACCCCGGUCAGCGGGUCAAGGGUACUUGGUCAGCAAGAUAAUGGCAACGGAUGCAGAUUCUGGUCAGAACGCACAGCUCUUUUUUCAGAUAGUGAAAUCUACCGACCCCGGUUUGUACAACGUCGGACAACGUUCCGGUGAUGUUAGAACAUCGCGCAAUAUUUUCCAGUCCGACACUGCUGUACAAACUAUAGUCAUCUUGGUCAGGGACAAUGGGCAGCCAUGCCUGUCCAGCACAGUUACAAUGAACAUUCGAGUUUUGGAAAACAGCACUGAAGGAAUCACCGAAAGCAGUACAUUGGUGAAGAAUCCAGUAUAUUUCUCUGAUCCAAAUGUGUACUUUAUCAUAAUUUUCAGCUGCACUUCCGUUGUGUUUCUUCUGAUCAUCGGUCUGUUGAUUGGCAUCAAGUGUAAACAGGACAGAAGUAUUAUCCAAGGGUAUAACACCCCCAGUUAUUGUUAUGGUGGAGAGUUGCACGGUACGUUUAAUGGUAGACCUGCCAUAGAGGAAACUUUACGCUAUCCCAGGACAGGCCGGGUUGGCCGCGUGCCGGAACCGCAUCACUACUCGGUCUGCCUUUCUCCAGAAUCAGCGAAAAGUGAUUUUCUCUUCUUGAAGCCAUACGGCGCUCCCACGUCUCAGGCCUAAUGAUGCGUAUGCUCUAGGAAGACGCAUCUUCUUAUUUGGGGUCAUUUUACUCUCGAGGCAUAUGAAUAACUCGUGAGUGAAAUAUUUAUGAAAAUGUUUGUGCAUGUUUUCGAUUUCCUUUAAAUUGUGCAUUUGUUGUAAUGGUAACGAAUAUAUAACUUUUAGCAAAUAAAGCCCAUCGUCUGAGAGGUAUCUGUCAACUCAGAAGAAAUCAUAUUGCCUAUUUUUGAACGACGUACAGAUGAUAUACAUUGCUGCUGGGUCAAUCACAUUAAGGAUGCUAAAUCCAUUUACUUGCCUAAAGUAAAAAAUACGAUUAAAAAAUUCGACGUCAGCAUAUUCCAUAUGAAGUGCUGAUAGGUACAGAGCAAAUAACUAAAUAACAAAUUUAGAAGACGGAAAUGAAAAUAAUAAGUGAAUGAGAAACACAAGAUGCGAAAGCUGAAAUAUUGUGUAAGAUAAAUUGAGUUGGCGGAAAACUCACCGGGAAACAGGUGGGCCCCGAAGUGAGCUGGGAUAUGGAUAGAUAACGUUUCAGGAUGCCCCGCCCCUCCAAUCCGGACUAGGGGAGCGUUAGCUGGUAGAAAGAGGUAAAUGAAAAUGGUGAGGCAAGUGCUGGCAAGUGGAAUCCAGGCAAGGAAAACUUGGCUUGCAGAUGGAAAACAACGGAUGGAGAUGGUCACAUAGGCGGGAGUUAACAUGUGAAAAAGAAGAACGAGAUGGUGGAUCCGAUAAAAAGGGAAUGUACGAAACAAACUAUAGAAGUAUGGGCAGGCAAGGCUCAUGCGAAACAGUACGACGGGUAGAGGAGGAUGUGAGUGUGGGGACCCGUAUGGAUCAGCAGGAGAAGGGGGUGGGUGGGCGGUAAUCUACAAUUGGAACAAUGCAGGUUCAUGCCUUUGGAUUGUAGGCCACACAUGCGGAAUAUGGGGUGCUGGUAUUUCAGUU